ACACAUAAGACACCGGCACAGGCAGAUAAUUCCCAAAAAUCGCAAUCGAAUUAGGGUUUUAGAGAGAGGGAGAGAGAGAGGUAGGGUUUUUGAAUCGACCAUGCCGAAGAACAAGGGAAAGGGAGGGAAGAACAGAAAGAGGGGUAAGAACGAAGCAGACGAUGAGAAGAGAGAGCUAGUGUUCAAGGAGGACGGUCAGGAAUACGCGCAGGUUCAACGCAUGCUCGGUAACGGUCGUUGCGAGGCCUUGUGCAUCGAUAACACCAAGCGACUCUGCCACAUCCGCGGCAAGAUGCACAAGAAGGUGUGGAUCGCCGCCGGCGACAUUAUCCUCGUUGGUCUUCGUGACUACCAAGACGACAAGGCUGACGUCAUCCUUAAAUACAUGCCGGACGAGGCCAGACUCCUCAAGGCCUACAAAGAGCUACCGGAAUCUUUCAGGAUCAACGAGGGCAUCGGCGGUGGCGUCGACGACGACGAGGACGGUGCUGGUAACGAUUACAUCGAGUUCGAGGAUGAGGAUAUUGAUAAAAUUUAAGCUCUUUAGGGUUUCCAACUUUCCAUUUCCCUUGCCUAUACCCCCAUUUUUUCUUUUUUUGUUAAAAAAAUUUAAAAUUACAAUGUUAUAUGGUGAUGAAUGAUAUGUGUAAUGUUUGGGAACUUUGUUGAGGUGUUAUGGGUUUUUGUGUAUUUUGACAACAAGUGGAUGGUUAGUUUGAAUUGAAUACAGUGAUACAGUUAUCUUAGUUU